AUUUCAAUACUUUCUAUACUCUCGGAGCGAGUGCAACACGUCACGACCAAGAAAAUCUACUGCCGAUUCCAGACUAGUUUUUCGUUUUAUUAAGUUUGCAGUAUUAAGGAAUAUUCUUAAGUCGCAAAAUGAGCGGCGAGGAGGAGUAUUUCGAAGAGGAGGAGGAGCAGGAGCAGGAGAUUUACGACGAUGGCACGGAGUACACCGAACCGGGUGCCCAGAAGGUGGACAAGCCCUCGAAGGACGAGAAGAACGUGGCUAAGUGGCUGAAGAAAAACGUCAAGACGAAGAAGACUAAGUUCCUGAGCCACAUCGUCGAGUACUUUACCUCCAGCAAGGCAAUCGAUGCUCUGAUGAAAUCUAAGUUCGCCGAGGGCAGCAGCCCGCUCUUCACCACCCGUGAGCAGGUGAUCGAGUUUCUGGACGUGAUGCUGGAGCACAAGUUCUUCCAUCGCGCUAAGAAGGUUCCCGUCACGCUGGAGGAGAUCAGGGGCAAGUCAAGUGGCGACAAGAAGGGAGACAAGGACAAGAACCAGGAAAAAGAGAAGGACAAGGCAAAGGACGACAAGAAGGACACCGAUCCUGAGGCCGAAAAUGGUCAGGGCGACGGAGGCGCCUCUGGCAACGAAAAAGAAAAGAAAGAGAAGAAGAAGCGCAAGAUCCGCCUGGACAUGCAUCCCGAGCAGAUCUUCGUAGAUGGCUCCGAAGCGUACGUGUGGAUCUACGACCCCAUUCCGCUGCACUACUGGAUAUUCGGCUUCAUCCUGCUGCUGGGAGCCGUGGGCAUUUGCCUGUUCCCCCUGUGGCCACCACUGCUACGUAAGGGUGUAUACUAUCUCUCCGUUGCGGCGGCCGGCUUCCUUGUCUUCAUUCUGGCUCUGACCGUGGUGCGUCUUAUUGUGUUCACUAUCGUAUGGGCAUUAACCGGUGGCAAGCUGCACUUCUGGAUCUUCCCCAAUCUGACCGAGGAUGUGGGCUUCUUCGCCUCUUUCUGGCCGCUUUAUGAGAGCAACUAUAACAGUGAGGCAAAUAGCUCGUCCGCCAAGACCGACAAAAAGUCCAAAUCAAAGGACAAGAAAAAGGAGAAGGACAGCGAUGCCGAGGACACUGCCGUAGAUGCGGAUGGGGAUGCUGAUGGCGAUGGUGAUGUAGAUGCGGAGGUAUCCACACUAGAGCCAGAGAAAAUCGAGCUGAUCAAAGAACACGACACCGACAUGGAGAUCCGCAAGCGUCGCAAGGUGGGAGCCGAUGAAUACGAGGAUGACGAUGUCGACGAAGAGGAUCCGCAGACGCAGCCCAAGGAUUCCAAAGCUGGAACCCCACGCAACUCGGGAUCCGACUCGGAGAGCUCUAGUAAAGAUUAUGAGAUAAUCAGUUCAAGUGAAGUGCAAAACGUUGCUGGCAACUAAGAUGGAGAAACCACAAUAUAUAUUAAUAUUUAAUGAUCCACAUCUAGCUAAUUGAUAAGACAUAGAACAAAAACCACACAUCAAGUACAUCAGCAUAUACACGAUUCCAAGUACAGCGAAUUAUUGUCCCACAAAAAUACGAUCGAUGUCGUAGUUUCCGAUCGCUGUUUUCCGAAUCCGCUUUAAAUGAACUUAAGUUUGAAGUUAUACAUUUAAUAUGUACGUAAGGCGUACAGACAUGACACACAACAUUUCCUAAAUGCAACAUUACGUUGACCCAGAGAAUUAUGGUUUUCUUAGGCCUUGUUCUGCCACGUACGUUCUCAAGCCCUUAAACAAACUAAAUAUUACUUAUUUGUAUUCCUAUGUUUGUAAAUGUAUACAGUGGAGCACUGGGCGAGUGCAAGAAACGAUUGCAAUUGAUAAUAAUCAUAGCGAGUACGUAGAUGUGAGCGCAUACGUCUUUAUGUGCAUAAAUAUUUACUCUACAUGUAAUUAAAGCGAACUAACAACUUAAAGAAAUUAGUAGUGUAACACGCAAUUAACUAUUAUAUAAAUAAAGCUAGGCAAUUCUGAUCUGAUGUGAGAGAUAUUUGAGCGUUUUUUAGUUCUUGCUCGAACGUUUUAUUAAAAAAUAUACAACCUA